CAUGUUCUCAUUCACCAAUCUUCCCAUCAUUCUCUCCAUCGCCGCCGACCGUCUCCUUAUCGUCGUUUUGUCCCGCCGGUACCCUCCAAACCGUAGCCGUGUCUUGGUCAUGGUCUCCUUGUCCUGGCUCGUCGGGAUAUUCAUAGCAUCCAUCGGUUUGGUGAUCGGGUACGAGUACGACCCCAGCACGAAGCACUGCACUCGGAUCUGGGAGAAUGACGUCCUUCGACUCGGUUGUAGCAUUCUUUAUCUGGGAGUGACGCUCCCGUGUCUGGUCGCUGUCUACGUCGUCAUCGCGCACUUCAUUAGGAAGGAGGGCCUGAGUCUUCGAAGCCACCAGCUUUCGUCCUCCAUGUCCACUUUGAAGUCGUUGUCGAAUAUGCCAAAUAAGAGCCUGAGCCAGUCGAUGGACUUGUGUGAAGAAUCAGGGGUGACCCUUCCCCGGACAGCCAUGAGGAGACGCCAUCCUGAUUCAGCCGAUGAUGAAGACGAUAUCAGCUCCGGUAGGGAGUCGUACAGUAUCGGGAACAUCAACUCGACGACGAGGAGGGAGAAAAAGGCAAAGAUGAAGAGUCGACGUCAGCGCCAUGAGGCCCACAAACGGGUCAUUCUUAUGGGAGCGCUGCUUGUUUUCACGACUGUCAUCUGCUGGACUCCAUAUUUGUUGUAUCAUUCAAACUUCAUCCGGGUUAGAGAGGCAGAGGGAUAUUGGUUUGGUGUUUUCACUAUGUGGUUAGGCUACUGCAACGCCCUCUUGGAUCCUCUCAUCUAUGCCCUCCUCAACAGACGAGUCAGGAAUGAACUGUGGAAGCUAAAAAGAAAGACAUUUGCACGUUGCCAAUCCUGAAUAUUUUUGUCGAUUUUAAUAUGUAAGCUCUUUAAUUAGGAACAUACUACAUUAUUAUAUUAAACUUGACGUGCCAACAGAGAAGCCGUCACUACAAUG